AUGUCUUCCAACUGGGACCCGCUGGCCUUGCGCCCACCUUCUCAUUCGGAUGAGCUCAAGGUGUCUUUCCCUCGGGAACAUGUGAUGCUUAUGACACUCAACCGUCCGAGGCACCUCAACGCCAUGACACCUCAACUUGCCACUGGUAUAGCUACCAUUUUAAAUUGGUUUGAUGAUGAGCCCUCUUUGUGGGUAGUAGUCGUGACAGGCGAAGGACGUGCUUUCUGUGCAGGAGCCGACUUGAAAGCCUGGCUCCACGAUCAGUCAAGUGGCACGGCGAACGAACAAGAAAGUGUGGCUUCUUCUGUACACGGAUUUGCAUCCAUCUCGCGCCGGCACACCUCAUGCAAACCUAUGAUCGCCGCAGUGAACGGCUCGGCUUAUGGCGGCGGUGUUGAAAUAAUACUAAACUGCGAUAUGGUCAUUGCAAGCGAAGACGCCGUGUUCGCACUUCCAGAAGUCAAGCGUGGUGUACUAGCUGCACAAGGAGUUAUUCCCAGGUUAGGGAGGGUUGCGGGCCAUCAGCUUGCUUCUGAGAUGCUGCUCUUGGGAAAUACCAUCACUGCCGUCCAAGCUAGAGACAGAUUUCGUUUUGUCAACCUCGUCGUCGAAAAAUCGGCUGUUGUACCUACUGCUCUGGACAUCGCGCGACAGAUGACCAUGAACUCCCCUGACUCAGUACAGAGUUCAAAGGAAGGCCUUAUACUUUCGCAAAAACACCAUUUCGAAGAAGCUGUGCACACCCACUCGAUGAGUCUCGUGAGCAAACGUCUAUAUCACGGCGCAAACAUCAAAGAGGGACUGGCCGCUUUCUCGGAGAGACGCAAACCUAGGUGGUCGAAUCCCGCGAAACUCUGA